AAUGCCAUUAAAAUCCUUACUGAAUCAAACCCCUUCAGGCUUCAGCUGUCUCUCUCUCUGGGUCUCUCUUUGUUUCACCCUCUGUGUGGUCGAGCCCUAGAUUUUCGUAUCCUUCCUCGAGCUUCCGCUCUGUUUUCCGGGAAAAAUGAAUGAUUAAUGCUUGGGCUGUUUAUCACUGGUCAGUUCGGAUUACUGGAUGAAAUGUGCCCUGCUUUGAGGAAUCCGUUCCAACAUUCUAUCUUUUCCCUUGAACAUUGUUUUCGGGGUCAAAAGUUUGAAGCUUUGGGAUCCAAUCACCUACAAAAUGCAAAUGCGGCCUCGGGGAUGGCAGUACAUGAUGACUGCAAGCUGAAGUUUUUAGAACUGAAAACAAAAAGAACUUACAGGUUCAUAGUAUAUAAGAUUGAGGAGAAGCAGAAGCAAGUCGUGGUGGAAAAGUUGGGAGAACCUACUGACAGUUAUGAAGAUUUUGCCGCGAGCCUUCCUGCCAACGAUUGCAGAUAUGCUGUCUAUGACUUCGAUUUUGUCACGGAGGAGAACUGCCAGAAGAGCAGGAUCGUCUUCAUUGCCUGGUCUCCUGAUGCAUCAAGAGUGAGAAGCAAGAUGAUUUAUGCAAGCUCGAAGGACAGAUUCAAGAGGGAGUUGGACGGAAUACAGAUAGAGUUGCAAGCAACCGAUCCUACUGAAAUGGGCCUUGACGUUAUUAGGAGCCGCUCUAAUUGAGUCUAUACUUUCAAACAUGCCAUGGGAGGUCUCUAGUUCUACUACUUGGUUUUCCUAUGUCUCCAGCCCAUUUGAGGCAGAGAACUUGGUUACUGUUGGAUAUAUCGUCCCGUUAUCAGAGAUUAUACCUAGGAGGUAUUUUGUCGUGAACAAACAAUGGCAAUGCGCUGUUACUGCUCUAUAUAUAUGUAAUGAUCCCUUUUGUCGUUGUGGCAUUUUCA